AGGCAGCCUAUAUCAACUUAUUUUUAGAGUCGAGAAUAUCAGAACUUCACAGAGGGGGGAUAGAUAGGCUCUAAAACCAUGUAUUGGUUUCUUACAGUUAUCUUUCUGGUAGCUAUUCUCACAUUUAAUACUCCUUCAGAGGCUAGCCAUGAGAAGAACCAUCCUUCUGCAGUUGUUGUAGGCACUGUCUACUGUGACACAUGUUUCCAAGGGAUUUCUCACAUACCAGCCAUUUCAUUUCAGGGGCUUCUGUUGGUGUGGAAUGCAAAGAUGGGAGUUCAACAGAACAAAGUUUCAAGGCACAAGUGAAAACAAAUAGCCAUGGACAAUUCAAAGUCCUUCUGCCAUUCUCGGUGAGCGAACAUGUCAAGAAAAUUGAAGGAUGCUCAGUGAAAAUAAUCAGCAGCAGUGAACCCUACUGUGCUGUGGCCUCAUCAGCCACCUCCUCUUCCUUACACCUCAAGGCAAGAAAGCAAGGGACUCACAUAUUCUCUGCUGGUUUCUUCACCUUCAAGCCUCUCAAACAACCCACCUUAUGCAACCAGAAACCCAGCAUUCAGAAUUCCAAGAAAUUAAAUUCGCAGAAGUUCUCAUUCCCUCGUACUGAUGAGCUGGAAUUCCCAUCACCCUCUCAAGUGGACCCCACAAUUCCUGAUCUACCUCCCGUCCCUAAGAUCCCUUAUCUUCCACCGCUGCCACAACUCCCUCCUCUCCCUCCCAUCCCAAUUGGUGUCCCAGGACUCCCAGGACUUCCUGGAAUUCCAGGUUCGCCCCCUGUUGCUGUAAAAACUUCAUCUGUGUCCUCCAACUCCAAAACUUCAAAGAAUGAGCAACUAGGUGAUAAUAAAGAAGUAGCGCAUCCAGAUACUAUAUUUCCACCUUUAUUUCCACCAAUUAUCCCUAAUCCAUUUCAGCCCCCACCAGCUCCAUUAAUCCCUAAUUUGCCCCCUCUUCCUGGUUCUCCACCAGCAGGUCCAGCACCAUUGAUUCCCAACCUGCCAAUUCCCAACCUGCCACCUAUAUCUGGUUUGACUCCAUCGCCGUCACCACCACCACCAAUCAUCCCACUCCUCCCUCCACUCCCCUUCCCACUGCCACCUGUGCCUCGGAUCCCCGGAAUUCCCCCAGCAGCUUCUUCAAAACAAAGUACUUCACCUUGAUUUAAAGUAAUUAAUAUAUUUAACUAUGAAACAUGUAUAAUUAUUUUUCCAAAUAAUGUGUUUUACAUGUUGGUUUAAGGUUUUUAUUAUGUAAAAAAUACUGUAUGGUUGGUUGUGCAAUUAUCAGAAGGAUAUACGCUUUAUAUUAGUAGGGUUUGUAUCAUUGUACGUUUGUGCUUUUGUAAGGAGCAUGUGGUGGACACAAAAUUGUUGUACUUGGAAUAAGGCUAUGGGUUCCCUUCAUCUGACAGACUUUUAUUUACUUUGAAAAGAAUCCCUAUUUAUAAUGUGA